AUGAUGAACAGUCCAUUCCCACUGCUGUCCCUCCUGUUGCUUCUGCUCCAGCAACAUGGCAGUUGGGCCUUUGCACCUCUGGCUACCGGGAGGUCGCCCUCCACAAGAUCGACACUCGUAUCGCCGUCGGCUUUGAACAUGGCCAAGAAGAAGAAGCGACGUCGCAAGGAAUCAGAUGCCCCACAGGAUACCGGCAGCAUCCCUCCGCCAUCGGAUGAACUGCCCGAUUUUGAUCUCGACGAAGAGGAACCUCCCAAGCAGCAAAAGGCAAGCACUGACGGUCCUUCGACGAGUGAAAUAUCUAGUGCCAUGAUGGGAUCGGCCAACGCGCCCACUCGAUCCAUCAACGAACUCAUUGCGGAUCGAUCCUUGGAGUCCAAAUUCGAGUUUGACGGACCUCCUGUGGAGGGGGAAACUUUGCCCGAUUUGGCCGUGCUGGCAUCCGAGAAUGAAGUGGGCAAGAAAAAGGCACGACGAGAAGCUCGUGUGGCGGCCGCCGUACAACGCAAAGAAGAGGAGGAAGGUAGCAAUCCCUUGCAGAAGAUUCCCUUUUUCCUCGAUGAAGAGGGAGAAAUCAGUGGGGUCAAGAUACUAGAAGCUGGAACCUGGACUGGAAUUUUCAUUUUGGUUGGAUGGGAAUUCUACAUCAAUUCGCCAUUCUUUGAUCGGGCUGCCGGAAACGCACCCUUUCUCUUUGACAUUGUCAUGUAA